GGAUGUAUGGCAUUCACGUCGUUGCGUUACGACUGACGCGUAAGUGCUGUCUGUGGUACUUUCUAGAUAUGCUAAGUGCUCUUAAACUUGAUAAUAAGACUGUUGACUCUGGGACCAGCGGUAUCUUGACAACUGUUUUGUGCGGUGCACUAAAUGGAUCUGAGGUGCACAUAGCAAAUACAUUCAAAUUCCUGUAAUUUCAUGACUUCUCGCGAUAAAUAUGUUCAUUCUCAGCCGAAUCAUGCGAGGAUUGAUGCAUCUGCAAAUUUAGCUAGUAGCACUUUAGAAUACUGGCCAAGUCCUGUACAUGAUGAUCAUGACCGUCUCAACCUUGAACUCAGAGAGAAAGUCGAUGGACUUCGUAGUCUUUCGAUAAAAAUAGGAGAUGAAUUACGAUCUCAAAAUAGCUUACUCGGAGAUAUGGCCGGAGCUUUUGAUCGGUCCGAAGGUGUUCUUCGCUCUACAAUGUCUCGAUUAUCUCGAAUGGCUAAACAGAAUUUAUCCUCUGGAUUAUGCUGUUAUGUAAUUGUAUUCGUGUGCAUCAUUUUCCUCAUGUGCUGGUUUAUUCUCCGAUUUCUUUAGUCACAUGUAUAGUUAUUGAUGUUGAAACUGUGAUUUUAUUUUUGUCAAAAUAUAUGAGUGAUUACUAAAUGUUCUAAACUUAUCAUUUAUUUGAACGCAUCAACCAAGGAGGGCACCAAAUACAUAUGCGCCACACAAUAACAAUGAGGCCAGUAGCGGUUAUCAUUGAUCUAUGUGAGGGCUGUAAUACUGCUAGGGCAUCCAAACCGAAACAGAUGGUUUUCUUAGAGGGCCACACCCAGAACCGUUGACCUAAAGGUCUGAUCCACAAGACAGUGCAGCAACAUUAGGAGAUGCAGUCCCAUGGCGGUCGAUGAUCAACAAUUGGUUCAUACGCCAUUUGUCCUUUCAGGAUACUGGAGAUCAUGUGUACCAUCGGCUUGAGAUCAGGGUUUUCCAACUCCUCCACAUGGACCCUUUGUUCCCACCAACUUGAUUAAAGUGCCGAACGUUCGCUUUUCGUCCUCUCAAUUUUGUAAACAACACCCCUGCCAUGAAAAGGCAGUGAGUAGGACCUCUCUGGCAAUGGCUGUAUAAAUGUGGCCAUGUGAGAGCAUUUUGAGAAGGGGAGAGGACCCUCUUCACCCUCGGCCGUACCAAGGGGCAAAUACAAUUUUAUGUCUUGGGUAUGUAGUUUGCUUCAUGAUCGAUAUUCCUUGUUAGUGUUUUUGGGUUAUGUUUUCUCAAACUAUUAGUUGGGUUGGAAUAAAGGGAACCAAUUACACAAAAUUGGCUCGGUUGUUGAAAGCGAUUUUUGUACAGACAGCGCAAGGUUGACGAAGUCUCGAAGUGUGGUUGCUGAAUACUUCCUAAUUGUUUCGCAAGACUAUGCACUUUCUUGGCUUUACAGGCAAAUCUCAUUAACACAUGCAUAAAGCCCUGACCAAUUAACUACAGUUAAUUGUGUUCAUUCGCCCAAAACGUAGAUGAAGUACGGUAAUAUAUAAAUUAUCAAUUUACCGGUUACGCUUCAAAUCCUAGAUUAUAAAAUAUUAUCGACCCUAAAGAAUACGUUAUAACAUCGAUUACUGUUCACUGAUUGAUAAGAAACUAAGCUUCAAAAGCUUUAUUGAUUCAUUGUAGGUUUGUUUCGGCCUUAUGAGUCUUAGAAAUCCCAAAUCCCUCAAAAACUUGACACACGAAUCUGGUCUUUGGAUAUAAAAACCUAGUAUAUUUCAGAUUGUGCCUAGAGUUUACGAAUCAGAUUAUAUUCCAGAUUCUGGGGUAAAAAUACGGACUCUCAUCUGUAAAGAUAAGGAUCGACUGUUAACAUAUCAGAUUUGUACCAGUGUCUUUCAUUGUCGAGAUAACUUGCCAAACGUAUCAAAUUGUUCAUAUCUGCUUUUCUUAUGCUUUUAAAACUUUGUAGUCGAUCAUGUGAACGAGGAUAAGUCCUUGAGCAGUUUAGAAAUCCCUAAUUAUUCAUAUAAAAAAGACGAAAUCUAGCGAUUUUCUUAAAAAACAGAACUGGGUUGAAAUUCCUUUCUAUCAAGUCUAAAACCUAUGAUUGUUUAAUUUUGUUCCAGGUGCAAUUCUGGAUACAAUAUUUUCUAACUCGCCUUUUUAUCACUCAACCCUUCUGUAGUUAUGACGUGAGCUAAAACUGCCAAUAUAAUUCUGUUAGUCGUGGUCGCCGUGAAGAAUCUCCUGAACUCCGUAGGUGUGACCAUGAAAAAUGUACUUAUCUGCUAAUUACACAAUGCUAUUUAGGGGUUCACUUAAUAUACUUUGGUUGUUUUCGGGUUUACUUUUAGGUGAUACCUUUGAUCAAGUGUGUUGAUUCAUGACGGGAUCUAAAUACGAAUGUAAAUGAUUAUUUUGAGGUUUUCAAGCUGCUUGUGGGAUUUACAAUAUAAUCUUUCAUUUAACAUGGGUCGAGUGCGGGACUAUUGUAUGUGUAUCUGGAUCAGCAAAUCUCUACUUCGUAAUUAUACUGGGACUACUCAACGUUUACUCUUACAUUUAGUCGAUUCCUGCAUAUUACCUAUUAUUCUUUACUGUUCUCCAUUAUUCUUUCCCGGGCUUCUGAGAAAAAUACUUUGAUGUGCUACAGAGAGUGCUGAAGGUAGUUAGGAAGGUGUGUGGUGGAUCUUUUGAAGUCAUUAGUAAUAUGGUUUUGGAUGGACAUCUAAAGUCUUGUAGACUCCUGGCAGGUGUUAUCAGAUACCAACCAUCCCCUUCAUUCAUAUCUUUCUUCUUCUAUAUCUUCUGGUAGGACGAGACAUAAAUAUAUUAAAAUCCAUGCACGCGAUAAUAAUAGUAAUAAUAAUAUUAUUAUCACAAUGAAAUAUUAUGAACUACAUGGUGAAGCACUGUAACAUCGUGUAAGUAGUAAUAAGAAGCCUCUCAAAAUUGUUUAGUCUAACAUUUUCAUAGGUGAAAGAAUAGUUUCUUCACUGAAAAUUAUUAAUGGACUUAACUGUUUUAUUCGUUAACUAAUUUGAAGGUUUUUUGUGAACAUAUUUAUAUGAUCAGUCGUUAGUCUUCAUUGAUCUGUUCUGUUUUAACGGAUUUUUUCCCUUUUUCAUUCUUCUAUUGUUUCGUUUUUCAGACUUUUAUGUUGAUUAGGUAAACUUUCAUUUCCAAACUUACGCCUGUCCUAUCCACUUCCAGCAAUUUUUCCUGUGCUGGAAUCUGGUUUGUUCUCUCCCAUAAUCAAAGAUGAAAUAUGAUAUGCUGAUGAUUUUACUUUAUUUCAAAUUCUUAUUCUUUUUUUGGUAAAGUUAAUAUUGUAAUGCGAUUUCAUACAAUAAGUUUUUCCCUUUAUAAAUUCGAAUAAUGCAAAAAAACUGACGCAGAG